AAUCAAUGAGAUCAAACGCGAGGGAGAUGCACCGUCAAUUACAAGCACUUGGACAAGUCUAACUUUUUCUUCUUUUACAAAUGCGCUUUCCAAAGCAACCUUAGCAACGCCCAUAUAAGAAGCCACCUCUAAGCAAAAUAGUAUAUAUCAAGGGAGGGAUAAUCUAUGUAUUUAUAAAAAGUAUAUAUAUAAAUAUAGGAGUACAGGUUUACACCCGGUGAACUUUUUCUUUUUCUGUCUUCUUUCUUUUCUUUUUUUUUUUAAACGAGUGGCAUUGCAAAGGAGGACUCUUCCUCUCUCUCUUUUGGCUAGUUAGUGAAGGGGGUAUUCUUUUAUUUUUUUCUUAGAGUGCCCAAGGGGGCGCAGGGACCUCGGAGAGGAGUGGGGAGGAAAGAGGUAGGGUGGGUGGGGGGCAGAGGGCGAGUCCGCCGCGAGGGCAGGCGCUUUCCUGCGGCGCGAUGCCGUCCCUACUGGUACUCACUUUCUCCGCGUGCGUCCUGCUCGGCUGGGCGUUACUGGCCGACUGCUCCGGUGGCGGUGGCGGCGGGGGCGCGGGCCCGGGCGGCGGGCGCCGGGAGAGAGAGGCGCUGCCGCCACAGAAGAUCGAGGUUCUGGUGCUGUUGCCCCAGGACGACUCUUACCUGUUCUCCCUGGCUCGGGUGCGACCGGCCAUCGAGUACGCGCUGCGCAGCGUGGAGGGCAAUGCGACCGGGCGGCGGCUCCUGCCAGCCGGCAGUCGCUUCCAGGUGGCCUACGAAGACUCGGACUGCGGCAACCGCGCGCUCUUCAGCCUGGUGGACCGCGUGGCGGCGGCGCGGGGAGCCAAGCCGGAUCUCAUCCUGGGGCCGGUGUGCGAGUACGCGGCGGCGCCGGUGGCCCGGCUAGCGUCGCACUGGGACCUCCCCAUGUUGUCUGCCGGGGCCCUGGCCGCCGGCUUCCAGCAUAAGGACACGGAGUACUCGCACCUUACGCGCGUGGCACCGUCGUACGCCAAGAUGGGCGAGAUGAUGCUCGCCCUGUUCCGCCACCACCAGUGGAGCCGCGCCGUGCUGGUCUACAGCGACGACAAGUUGGAGCGGAACUGCUUCUUUACCCUCGAGGGGGUCCAUGAGGUCUUCCAGGAGGAAGGCUUGCACACGUCAGCCUACAAUUUCGAUGAGACCAAAGACUUGGAUCUGGAGGACAUCGUGCGCCACAUCCAGGCCAGUGAGCGAGUGGUGAUCAUGUGUGCGAGUAGCGACACCAUCCGGGGGAUCAUGCUGGCAGCGCACAGGCACGGAAUGACCAGCGGGGACUACGCCUUCUUCAACAUUGAACUCUUCAACAGCUCCUUCUACGGAGAUGGCUCGUGGAAGAGAGGAGACAAACACGACUUUGAAGCUAAGCAAGCGUACUCAUCCCUCCAGACAAUCACUCUACUGAGGACAGUGAAACCUGAGUUUGAGAAGUUUUCCAUGGAGGUGAAAAGUUCUGUUGAGAAGCAAGGGCUCAGUGAGGAGGAUUACGUGAACAUGUUUGUUGAAGGAUUCCAUGAUGCCAUCCUCCUCUACGUCCUGGCUUUACGUGAAGUACUCAGAGCUGGUUAUAGUAAGAAGGAUGGAGGGAAAAUUAUCCAGCAGACUUGGAACCGAACAUUUGAAGGUAUUGCUGGGCAGGUGUCCAUAGAUGCCAACGGAGACCGGUAUGGGGAUUUCUCUGUGAUUGCCAUGACAGACACAGAAGCGGGCACCCAGGAGGUUAUUGGUGAUUACUUUGGAAAAGAAGGUCGUUUUGAAAUGCGGCCAAAUGUCAAAUAUCCUUGGGGACCUUUAAAACUGAGAAUAGAUGAAACCAGAAUGGUGGAACACACGAACAGCUCUCCUUGCAAAGCAUCAGGUGGCCUAGAAGAAUCAGCAGUGACAGGAAUCGUUGUGGGGGCCUUACUAGGAGCUGGUUUGCUAAUGGCCUUCUACUUCUUCAGGAAGAAAUACAGAAUAACCAUUGAGAGGCGAAACCAGCAAGAAGAAAGCAACGUUGGAAAACAUCGGGAGUUACGGGAAGAUUCCAUCAGAUCCCACUUUUCGGUGGCUUAAAAGGAAGCCUGUUCUUUUGGCUUGAGAUUCUUUAAGGAGAUAGAUGGGAUGAAAGACAUCAAUGGAACAGAAGGGGCGCUCUUGAAAAACUCAUUCUUUUAAGCAGUUAGUCAUUUUGUUAUAAAAUUUCUUUAGAAGCUCAGGAACUAUUAUUAAUCACCAUAUGCCUGCUGGCCUCUCAUCUCAUGACAAACAAAUACAAGAAUAUAGCAUCACUGCUAAAUGUUGAUACUGUUUCAAGGGCAUAUGAUUAGAUUUAUGUUCUGAAAGUCUGAGGUCUCCAUAUCUUGAUGGCAUUUGGGGGCAUUUACACAAGGUUAUAAAAUGUGUUUUACUUAAGUGAGAUGUUUUAUAGCUAGAAUAAAAUCAUUUUUACAUGUAGGAUAUUAUUGAAAAGAAUUUAACCCCAAGAAGAAGAAAAUGUAAUGAAAAACCUCAAGGUUGGAAAUGCAUCAUUCCUCUCUCUAGGGCUAGUGGAGGGAUUGGAGGUCAAGGACUGCUCUAUCUGAUGUAUGCAUUCAGGUCCUGACUUUAUCUUGAAAAAUAAUUUCCCCCACCUCUUUCAGUGUCUUGUAAGAGCUACUCUGAAAAGUUGUAACUAUGAAUGAGAUAAGGGGAUUCAUGCAGAAAAAGCAAAUCUAAAAUAUUUCAUUUUUUUAAAAUAUAAAAAAGCCCUAUUUCAUACUAACAUUUUAUUUUUCAAGUAUUUUAGUCUUAUAUUUUGCUAUUAGAAAAUGUCUAUUUUUUCAUUUUGAAGAUUAAAUUUCACUUAUAUUUUAAAAACAUGGGUAAUGUGUACAGCAAACCAAUAAUGAUGAAAGAUGCCUCUCUUUUUUUCUCCCUGUUUCCCUCUUCCCUGUGGCCAUAGCCCAAUACGAAUUGCUGCUUUAACUACAGAGAUCUAGAAAUGUAUUCAGAUUGUAGACUCUACAGGAAAACAUCAAUUUACUUGUUUUAAAUGCAAGCUAUUUUAGGGAUAGUCUCCUUCCAGUUCUGGCCAAAUGACGAGUAUCAGGAUCAAGGAUGAAAUUUAUUAGAAUUAAGUCAGGUUUUAUAAAGGGAGGCAACCUUUUUUUUUCUCAAGAAGAACUUUAUAGAGAGUUAGAAUUUGGCAGUAAACAUAGAAAUGAUAAUUUAAUAAAUGACAUUUUACCAAAAUUGACAAUUAUGAUUUUGGUUAAAAGAGGGAAUCUAAACAGCUACUAUGUUCCCUUUUAGUAAACUCCACAGAACUUUGCAGUCAUCCACUAAUAACUUGUGUAACAGGGGUUGGGUGUGGAUAUCAGGAAUUGGGCAAGGUUGAAUAAUUAUUUACCAAAUCUCAACUUUGCACCUAGUACUCUGUGUAUAGGUUUAAGCUUAGGUUGCCACUUUUAUGUAUAAUUUGUGGAGAAAACAGACAGUGAGGGAAGAAUGGGAAGUUGCCAGAUCAGUGUACUAUCUUAUAAUGAUGUCAUGAAGGUCUUUCCUCAGUAAUGUUUUGAGCAUCUGGAAAAUAGUGUUAAAGAUUAUCUUAAUGUUACCAUCUAACAGGAGGAAAAUAGGACAGUUUAAGAAAAUAAGGGGAUAUAGAAACUGGAGCCAUUCCUAGGUAGUGAUGGAAGUUGUGGUUUACUCUGGUAAUGGAGGUGGAGGUGGGGCAUGUGAGAGCUGCGUGUCCUGGAAGUUGGCCUGAGCUUGCUUCCCUCGGGGCGUCUGUCUCUUCUACUUCAGCUAGUCACAGUGAAUGGAUUAUUUCCGUAUAAGGCACAUUUCCCCUAUAUUGUUUAAAAAUGGAAUUCAUGCAGCUGGAGAACAUGAUAAAAGGAUGUACUCUGAUCAACUGAAAGAGCUAUGUUGUAGCUCUCCAUGCUGAGUGCAGUGGAAAAAAGUGCUGAAAUCAAAACAGGAGGGAAAAAGAAGGCAAGAGAGGCCAGCUCCAGAAAUUCUAACAUAGGAAGAGAGCUUGGGAAGUGAAAUCCAGGAAAGCAAAGUGUGUAACAUCUCAGGACUGCUCAGCAUGAGAACAGAAUGGAAGGGUUGCAUCUGUCUUAUUUUUGUGAAUUGAGAGUUUAUUUCUCUCUAUUUUUAUUUUUCAGUGGUAUUUUCCAUAUAUUUUAGAAGUACUCAUUUUCUAUUAUCUUGUGUUUGUAAAAAAACAUUUAAAUUUAAGCCUAUGUACUUAUUACAGGGAAGAAAAUGCUCUACCUGGUUGCAGUCUUUGGGUGGAAACAUUUCUAACCUUUCUAGAAUUUUUAUAGGGGGUGAUUAACUAUAAUUUUUUUUUAUUUUUUAAAUUAUGAAAGCAUGAUAACACAUUUAUAGGUGACUUGGAAAAUACAGAACAAAGUUACAUGUAGUUCCACUAUAUAUUACAAUUAUUCUUUAAGUAGAUAAAUUAAAAUUUUCAGUUGGAGUUUCAAUAUAAAAUUCUCAAAAAUUAAUAGAAUGAAUAUACAGAGAAGUAGGCGGAUAUAGUAGACCUGAAAAGCACUGUGAACCAAUUCUACAUAAUUAGGAUUUAUAUAAUUUUCACACAACAGUAGGAUGCAAAUUCUGUUCAAGUUCCCAUAGACUAUAUACUAGGAGACAUUGGAACACAGCCAGGGACAUGAGACCAGGUGCAAAAAUUUGAUGGUCUAGAGAUAUUGAAAUCAUGCAGAAUAUGUUCUCUCUUACUGUGGAAUUAUAUUAGAGAUCAAUAUCAAAAUAUAUUUGAAUAUAACAACUCUAGUAUUUUUAAAGCAGAUAUCUUUUAUUUCUAUUUCAGAUAGAAGAAUAGUAGUAAACUUAAUAUUAUGAUUCCCACAUAACAUCUUAAAAGUUUUAAAGGAUAAUUUAGUCUUUUAAAAAUGGUAGAGCCAAUCAUGAGAUUUAUGAUAUGUGGAUGCCAUUCUCUUCCAAUCUUAAAGCAGUUCUACAGUUCUUGAGGUUGAUUGCUUAUUUACACAUCUGUCAUCUAUCCUUUCUUCCGUGAAAUUGUCAUAUAAGUUAUAAAACCCUAUUAAGUUUUGAAGAGUUGGAAAACCUUUGCUAAAGGUGUAGGUGUUUGCUCAAGGUUACCCUGAUUUAAGACUUCUGGAGAUUUAUAACUCAGGAUUUAAUUUUCUAACUGCUAACAUCUUUGACAACUAGUCAUUCAUACUUUGCCAGUAGCCACAUAUCAGAUAGUAAGAUAAACAAGACUUUAGUUGUUGAAUCAUUUUAUAAAUUAUUACCCUGAAAUCCAGGGUGUUCAGAUUCCAAAAGGGGAUACUUUAUUAGUAUUUUCUCAUCUGGUCUAACAUAAGUUGACUUAGAUACAGGUAAAAAUGAAUAUAUACUUUUAGUGUAUUGACUCGUGGUAUUGGAAAUAAAUCUAGGUUUUUAUGGUCAUCAUCAUCAUUUUAGAAUUUUUUCUUUGCUGGACUCAGAAGUAAAAGCUUCCUCUAAAUGAUCACUUCUAUUCAGGAAGAACUUCCUGUAUAGAGUGUGUAUCUGCCCCCACAGGUUCCCUGAGGAAAUCCAUGUAAACACUCAUUUCUCAGAAGAACCAUCAGCUUGUCCUUUCCUGAACUACAGACAUAGUUCUGCAGGCUUUAAAAUGGCUCUUGACUCUUCAGGGAGGGGAGAAACAUAUGGAAAGUUGAUGCCUUCUUUUCUCCUCUUCCUUAAAUUCAAAGACUUGGAAUGUUAGUCACUUCUCCCUACUCACAGGAUCCUGGGAUCACUCACUAAUUCAAAGCUCCUGUGCCUUUUGCACCCAUAACUGACCACUUCCCUUUUGGUUGCUGCUGAUUUUGGGAAUGUGAUAUUUGUCCUUGACCAUGGAAUUAAGGCCAUUGUAUAGACCUUAAACAGAUAGAGACAGGAAUUCAGAGUAGGUCCAGUGGCCUUACCACCUUCUUGUGAGUGAGCAUGAAGUGUCUUUUUGUGAAAGUCUCUUUGGGAGACCAAAUAGAAUAUUAUGCCACUGGUAUUCGGGGAGUGCCUGUAAACGAAAGGAAUACAUACCUAUACUUUUUGGGACACAAAGCAUUCAGAUCCUGAGUGGAUGCAGUCAUAAAACCAAACACCAACUAAAAUCAAGUCCCUUCCAUGGGUUUUGUUUAGUUAUGCCCUGUGGUUCAGUGCUUCAUGAGAAAGCUGAAGGUAGGCUGAAUUUCCUCCUUAGUGAAAAAACAGGAAACUAAUAACAUGGAAUAUGUUUUGGGAGCAGUGUGAAAACACAGAGUAAGAUGGUGCUGUUCAGAGGAACCUAUUUCUUUUUCAGUGCAUCUUUAGAACCACCUAUAAUUCAAAAUUACCUAUAGAUCCACCUUUAAAACCACCUAUAUUUCAGCUCCUCUCCCACGAGAAGAGUCAGGAUCAAGCUCUUCCAAAAGAAAUGGAAGAGGGUAGUGUUGCCAGCUGCCCCCAUAUUUUCCACCUCUCUCCCCUCCCCCAUCCACUGUCCAUCAUGGCUCCAAAGAUGCAGCAGCUUCAUGCCAUGCAGGUAGCAGCCUGUGAGUAGGACCUCCAUACUUCCUCAAAAGGCAGAAAGAAGACAUGUAUGUGCUGGCUCUAAGAAUGUGGCUGACUUUUGAUCAGAACCCUUACGUAACUUGACCACGUGCUCCUGGGGCAGUUCAAGCCUCUGAGGUGCAUAUACUCCAACAAAACUGGCUUCAGUUUUCAGUGUGGAGCUCUCGCAAAUGUCUCUUGCAGGCAUGCCCCGCUAGCUAGACUCUAGGAUUAAAAUGACUUUCAAGAGGUGCCGGAUUGGAGUUUGUUCAGAUUUCUCAUUAACCACUAAUGUUCAUUCAUACCAAAGGCAAAGCAAUUUUAAACCAGCUGAUGCUGUUAAUGUUCAUAUUUUAAGCUACUUCAAACACAGUAAAAGGGUUUCAAUGGGAGCCAAGGCUCAGAAGUAAAAAUCCAUAUGUUAUAAUAGCUCUUUGAUGUACUAGGCGGUGAUUCCCAGGGGACAUAUUUGAACAAGCAGAAUUAAGAGUUAGCAAAAAGUGCUGCAUUGCUUUGAGUCACAUGUUUAAAGACCUACAUUUCUAUGUGCAAGGAAUAAAGGGCCCAUUCACCAGCGUAAGUCACAACAUAGGCUACCAAAGUGUUUUUUAUUUGCUGGGAGAACAAAGCUGUCGUAGCACAUAAUACCAGGGCAGCGAAGGUUAAGAAACAGGCACAUUUGGAUUUUGAGACAGGAUGUCCUAUUUAUUAUUCAAUGUCAAGAUCUUAAAGUAUGUAGUGUGGUGUGUCUUACAAGAUAGCAAUGAGGUACCCUUACUGCCCUGGAGAUGCUGUGAGUUUGCAGAUCUUUCUGCUGGAUCCUGGGAAUCUGAGCAUUGUUCCCUGUGCAUGGUGAAAAAUUGAAUCCAAGAGGACACAGAACAGUCAUUGUGGGCAGUUACUUCUGCAGCCCUUGUCUUCCGGGCCAUAUUAUUCAUCAGUAAUUUACAUAUUGGACUACCGAAUAUUAUACACUUACCAUGAGUCUGGUAGAAAAAUGAAAGUAAAAAGCUGACAACUACAUACAGUUUAUUAUUCUAAUGUAAGUAGAACUAUCUGCAUAUAAUGUGAUUUAAUUUAUUGUUGUUUUGUGUAGAAAAUGAAAAUUAAUGACUGUGGAUAUAACCCCUGUUUUGUAUAAUAUAUUUUCUUUCUGGUGCAAAUUGGUCAUUGAAGAUAUCUUCAUUUGGUGUUUGGAUAUAAAUGUGUAUGUGUUCUUGUAAGUGUUUCUGUUAAGCAAGAAUGCUACAUGCUCACAGGAUAACAAUGUGUUCUCAUUAAAAAAUACAUCCCACCGAAACCUCUUCCUGUUUAUAAUUCAACCAACAUACACUGCAAAUAUUCAUAUUCUCUGAGGACUUUCUGUUCUCCUAGGACCAGUUUAGAGAAAGUGGAAGUGUUAG